CUCCCCGGGCCGCUGGUAGCGGAGCAAGUCCUGGGUUGGAGUUUGCUCACCAGGGUCUACGUUUGUGAACCGGCGCGCCCUGCUCCGCGGGCAGUGCUUGCUGCACCUGUGUCCAUCCCGCGUCAGAUCUUCUGAGACAGGCCACGGAUGUUGUUAACAAGCUGCCAGGGAAGUCUGAUGCAGCCAGUGAUAAUGGGAUAUGGAAAUCUUCUUGGAAACUGAGUCUUAGCCUAUUUCUCACUUUCCGUGUAACCAUUGUGUGGUUCAUGUGAGGAGUGAAAUCUUCUGAAAGCUGAGAACCAGAAGCCCUCCUGGUCAACAUGGAGGACAAAAGACGGCGAGUCCGGGUGCAGGGAGCCUGGGCCAGCUCUGCUAAGAGCCAGGCCAUUGCUCAGCCAGCGACCACUGCCGAGAGCCGUCUCCACCAGAGGCCUGGGCAGACCUGGAUAAACGAGGAGCAUCACCUGUCAGACAAGCAGUUCGUGUUCAGAGAACCCCAGCAGGUGGUGCGCAGAGCCCCGGAGCUGCGCGUGAUCGACAGAGAGGGUGUAUAUGAAAUCAGCCUGUCACCCACAGGCGUAUCUAGGGUACGUUUGUAUCCUGGCUUUGUUGACUUAAAAGAAGCCGACUGGGUAUUGGAACAGCUUUGUCAAGAUGUUCCUUGGAAACAGAGGACCGGCAUCCGAGAGAAUGUAACUUACCAGCAGCCAAGACUCACAGCAUGGUAUGGCGAGCUUCCCUACACUUACUCCAGAGUCACUAUGGAGCCCAAUCCGCACUGGCAUCCUGUGCUGCGCACCCUGAAGAGCCGAAUUGAAGACAACACCGGCCACACCUUCAACUCCCUGCUCUGCAAUCUCUACCGGAACGAGAAGGACAGUGUGGACUGGCACAGCGACGACGAGCCCUCGCUGGGGAGGUGCCCCGUCAUUGCUUCGCUCAGUUUUGGUGCCACACGCACUUUCGAGAUGAGAAAGAAGCCCCCGCCAGAAGAGAAUGGGGACUACACAUAUGUGGAGCGAGUGAAGAUACCCUUGGAUCAUGGGACCCUGUUAAUCAUGGAAGGAGCUACGCAAGCUGACUGGCAGCAUCGGGUGCCCAAAGAGUACCACUCCAGAGAGCCGAGGAUAAACCUGACCUUCCGGACAGUCUACGCAGACCCUGGGGGGGCGCGCUGGUGAUGUGAAGCCUUUGAGAGAGAAGCCGUGCUGAGACCGAGCAGGCCGUGCACCGUGGGGAAACUUCGAGAGGCCGGUCCAGCUGCUCCCCCAGCCUGCUGUUUGGAAGACGAGGGCGGAAUUGACUCCCCACAUUAGGGCCCUGUUCAGUGCCAGCCAGCAGCUCAUGUUCAUAAUGUGUUUACUGCGGAGACAGUAAUCCCUCAUCACAUCUUGGAAUCACAUAUUUUGUUUAGGAAAAUUGCUGUGGCUGCGCUCACAGAUGACUCUGUCCAUAAGCAGUUUUUCCCCUGCUGUCCCCUGCUUUGUUUGAAGAAAAAAUGAAUUGCCUUUGCCCCUGGUAGAAA